CCAGGACAAGAGGCUGGGAAUGGCGGCAACGAGAUCAUCUUCAGCUUCAUCCACAUCUGCAUCUUCGAGCACUUCUUCUCAACAUCUAUGGACUAGUCCACAAAAGUCCUCUCUUCAAUCACCAACAAGUUCAGGAGUUCUGUUCACUCCACAAUACGGGUUCGCCAAUGUGGCCCAAGCUGUCGAAGUUGCCGACCAAGAGUUCAAAAAAAACGGUAGAAAAAACGCUGAGAAGUCGUUCGUUAUCGUGACUGGGAUCAAUACGCCACCCACAGCCUUUCGGAAGCAAGCCACUCGCGCUAUCGAACGCAUGAAACAGAAUAUCAUGAGCCGAAAGCCCUCGUCUUCGUCUCCGGGAGGUCGCAUCCAAGUCGUGCGCAUGACGAAUGAAAAAGCUCCUUCGGCUGAUGCAGAGGUAGGUGAUGUAGAAAGCAGCAGUACAGAAGGACAAAGCUCUUCAUCAAGCGAUGAUACGCAUACGUCGACUUGCGCAGGUGACGACGCGCUGCUCAAAAGUUGGGUCACUGCUCCGAGCGAGAUGAACUUCCUGUCAGUACCAGCUGGAACGUUCUAUUCAUCUGGUGCUCCUGGAGACGAGGAUGAGCAGCAAGCCGCUGGGGCUACGACGAGUAGAAGUCUGCUUUCGAUAAAAGAUAGAGAGGACCGUCUCCAUUACCAUCAAGACAAACAUCAAGAAGAAGACCACCAGGUAGAGGUGGAGCUGACGGUACAACCACAACAAGUAGACAAGAAGAAAGUUGUUAACAAACGUUCUCCGGCGGACGUAGUAUCUGAAUUCCUUGCUUCGCGCCUUUGCAAUCGCGUCGAGAGCGAUGACGAGGGUCGCUUCCUCGCAGUGGAUCGUGGGUAUUCCCAAGUACUCGAAGCCUCCAACUGCACGUCGAGUGAGAAAACACGUGACCUAGGGCUUUACCGUAGUCCCGCAUCUUGCGCUUUAGCAGUGGCCGCGAC